CGUGCCCUUGCAGUUGAUCAUUGGUUAGAGCCACAGGGAAGGGGAGGGGCCUCAGUGCCACUGUUUCUGUAGAGAGAGGCAGAGGGGAAUGAGAAAGAGUGAGAGAGGCAGCAAAGGAGGAUAGAUGAACACGGGGGGGUUUCAAGCAUCGGUAUGCCUGCCUACCUCAUUUCCAGUCCAGACAUAGUUCCUGGUCCUCCGGAUAGAAAAAACAGCUGAGGUGUGUUUGUAUGUGUGUGUGUGCGUAUUUUAAACAUCAGUCACCCCGCACAUAGCCUUCAUCCUCUCAGCUCACGGCAUUCUGCUGUGAUCUUACUGCAAGAGGACCAGACAGACACUGAGACAAUAACAAGCGGACAUGGAAGAGUGCUGAAAAUAAGGUAAAGGAGAGGCAAGAAACAAGAGGAAAAGAAGAAGAGGAAACGGGAAGAAGUAGCAGGAGGACAGCAUAAAAAGGACAUAUCAUGCUAAAUGUCUUUUAUCCUCAAUGCCUUUACGCUGCACAUUACGCAACAAUGUCUUCUCACUGGAAGCUGUGAUUCUGUGGACUAAAGUCAGAUAAGAGAGAGCUUCAAUCUGUGCUUCUGCAGCUGCAGCAGAUGUUGAGGACAUCCUUGACUUUAUAGGGAGCGGAGGCAUUUUGAGCGUGGACUGGAAUUCCUUUAAACAAAGUCACAUUUCGUCCUAGAACAUUUCCUUUUUAUGCCUUCAGCUGGGAAGUUUGCUCUACCAAGAAAAGAAGGAAUACACAUGUUUGUUUUUGUGCGUUGAUCUGUUUUUCGCUGGUGAUUUUUGUAUCUUUGUAUAAAACCACCAAGGACAAGCCCAGGGGCUGCUUCACCUUUUCCCGUCCUUUUUCAUCCCUCCUGCAUUAGAAAUGGCAGAUGGCAUCAGUGUCUUUAUGGAACCGCAGCAUGGAGCUUUUUGUAUGGACUGAAAUCACUCUGCUGCCCUCAGCAUCAGCUGGCUACCUUAGUUAUAGAGGGUUCUUUGGUUCAUCGCAUCCUUAAAGGGCCCCUCAGCAACGUAUUCCUGCCCAAGAUGAUGAAUUACUCCCUGGAUCCACUGAACCAAAGCUCUACUGACCCGUCAAACUUAUCUGCUCCCUUCUGCCUGCUGGAGAUAGGCUAUUCCCAAAUUUUCACCGUCUGCCUCCUUGAAGUCUCCAUCAUAUGUUUGCUCACUGUUCUUAUUAUAUGUGGUAACCUUGUGGUGAUUUUUGUGUUUCACUGUGCACCCUUGCUUAGCCAGCACACCACUAGUGCUUUCAUCCAGACCAUGGCAUACGCUGAUCUGCUGGUGGGGGUCAGCUGCCUGUACCCCUCCCUGUCCCUGCUCCAUCACCUCCAGGGCCUCGACCCCAAACUCACCUGCCAGGUGUUCGGCUACAUGGUGUCUGUUUUGAAAUCGGUUUCAAUGGUGUCGUUAGCGUGUGUGAGUGUAGACCGCUACGUCGCCAUCACACGACCUCUGACUUAUGCGUCUCUCGUGACACCGUGUCGAGUGCGAUGCUGCAUCGUGCUGAUAUGGUUGUACUCUGCUCUGGUGUUUCUCCCGUCUUUUCUCGGGUGGGGGAAGCCCGGAUACCAUGGUGAUGUGGUGGAGUGGUGCGCAGUUGAGUGGAAGACUAGCCCGGCUUUCACCACCUUUAUCGUUGCACUGCUCUACGCCCCAGCUGCCCUCACCGUUUGCUUCACCUACGCCCACAUCUUCAAGAUCUGCCGACAGCACACCCGGGAGAUCAGCGAGCGCCACGCACGUUACCGACCCCAACAGCUGCAGGGUCCAGGAUUGACUGAUGGAUCUGCGGUCAAAGACAACAGAGCAGUAGCGCACCUGCCACAAUUGUCUGAAUCACAAAAAUCCCAGCCCCAGUAUCAGCAGCCCACAUCAACAUACCCGGACAAGCGAUACGCUAUGGUACUGUUCCGCAUUACCAGCGUGUUUUACAUCCUCUGGUUGCCCUACAUCCUCUACUUUCUGUUGGAGAGUGCUGGGAUCUACCACCACCCUGCAGCCUCAUUCCUAACCACAUGGCUUGCCAUCAGCAACAGCUUCUGUAACUGUCUCAUCUACAGCCUCUCCAACUCUGCUUUCAGGAAGGGCCUCAAACGCCUCUGCUCCUUCUGUUUACAUGGCAGUGGUCGUGGCUUUGGGACUGGGAACACCAAAAAAGCUUUUGUGGGUUCUGUAGAAAAGGGAUGUGGAGUUCCCGGGUAUGGAUACGGUCAUGGGGAAAUAAGUAUCGGCACAACAUGUCAUGUGUAGGGCACACCGAGAGGAAGCCUGAGUGUUGGCAUUUGAACUUUUGAACGAUGUGAUUGCUGUAAAAUGUGUCUUCUUUAAGCUUAAAGUGGAGUGAAACGAUGAAAGGAGGCGUUGAUCUGCCACUGCUGUUUCUGUCGCAUUUGGAGGUUACACAGGCAUCCUUUCUGUGCACACCACAGCUGGCAAACACAAAGAAAGGGAGUCGAGAGCAGAGCACUGAAGUAGAAAAGGCCUUAAUAGCCUUGCAAGGUGUUUUAAAAUGGCCAAGAAAACCCAGUAUGCUGUACUGUGUAUGGACAGAGGUUAUGGAUGGAAGGGGUUGGAAAGGAAGAGAGAACUCUGUCAAAAACCAAUGGAGAAAAAACUAUUUUGAGGUUGAACAUUUUCUUUUACUGGAAGUGAAUCCUUAACUUAUUUUGCCAAAAUCUUUCCAAGAAAGGUUUGCUGAAAAGCUCUACUGUAUGUGAAACCCAAUAAGUAGCACAGUAUGUUAAAUGCAAAAAAAGAGAUGAAUGCAAACACAAGAACAGUUGACUGCUGUGUUUUUUAAGUGAUGUGGUCCUGAGGUGAACUGCCAAUAGCAAGCUCCUAAAAUAUUUUUGUACAUGCUCUGUAACCCUCAGUAUCUAUACACUAAAAGUAGUCCAACAGUGUGUCUGUGUAACGUGUUUUUGUUUUGUCUCUUGUUGACUGAAGGGCUGAGUCUAGUCAGUCGGAAAAAAAUGAAUAGAAAGUAUAGAGGUCUAGACCCUGUGCAUGUGUCAUUUUCUAAACUGAUUAUGGCAACUUCAUGACAUCUAUCCUUCAACUUGAAUAAGAUAAUAUUUCAGAGAGUGUUCUGAUAGUCUGUCUUUACCCUGCUACCCAGUUUAUACUGCUGUCCAGUUGUCAAAAAGUUAUAUUUCCAGUGAAUUCAUCCUUUAAUUAAUACGUCAAAUCGUUGUCAGUUUUAAUUUGUCUUUCCUCAUUAAUUGAAUCAAAAAGAUUCCACAACAACAAUAACCAAAAUGUAAUCCAUGUGAGAUUCAUUACAUUCUGUUUUAGUGGCUUUUUAAAAGAAAAUGUAGUUGUUCUAAUCCCCCAAAGGUUUUGCAUAAAUACAACUAGAUCUAACUUAGCAUCCACAGUUAGCCAUUAUAAUAGUUUCUGCAUCUAUCAAACCUUAGCGCUGAAAUCACGAUGAAGAACCAAUCUGACUGCUCAGUUUUGUUCUAUUUGAAGUUGUUUUUAGAUAUUUCUCAACUGCAUCUAACCAAAUGGCUGGCAGUGCUCCAGGUGUGUUGUGCUGCAUUGUGGCUGGGUGAAUAAUUUUCCCGCACACGAACACAGGCGAUUCAAAUGUAAACAGAACAGACAAACGGUCCAUUCACUCUGCCAGAGGGCCAAGCAGUGGUUAAACUCUGACCUCUGUACAGCACCAUGAAGAUGAACCGACCCUCAUCUCCCUGGUGUUCAGUAACAUGUGUGUGUGUGUGUGUGUGUACACAAGUGUCUAUGUGCACGUCCAUGUGUUGUAGUUUAUCCCCUGGCCCCAUGUGAAAUUUUGUGCGUGGUUCUCAUUCUUAUCUGUACAUACUGUGUCAUAAAAUUGUGAAAAAUGAUCCCUACUUUGAACCAUGGAGACUCAUUUCACAGUUUAUUUAGGUGCAGAUAAUCCAAUUUGCAACGAACAGAGCUCCAGCUACCCGUAGAGCCGCUCUUUACCUAAACGUCAUCUAUCAUUAAAUCUUAAUCGUCUGUCUCAUGCCCUAUUUUUUGAGCCAUUUGCGAGCUGGUAUGCUGCUCCAAUUUAAUACAUUUUAUGUAAUCUACCAAAGACAUUUUGACAGAUACUCUAGGAUGAUUACUGAAUUUAGUAGAAUAAACGUUUUUCUUUGUACACAAAGUAGGUCCACUGCACUGUGUUGGCUCAGUGACGCCUUGCGCGCACUUUCUCAGUAUAAAUUGAUAUAUUGUUGCCUUGAUAUACAAACGAAAUCACCGGGGAACGCUUUUUCCUUAUUUCUUGGGAGGGCUUAAUAUGUAGACGUGCGACUGUUCUUAGAAAUUGAAAUGUCCUUGGAAACAAAAUGAAAAUAUACAUUAGCCAGCCUUGUUUCCACGCUCAGUAAAAAAUAGCAUGAACACCAUUGUGUCACCAAAUUAAAGUCAUUUUUAAAUAUUCACUGUCACACCAGCUGCCCUUUUAAAAAAAUCUUUACAAUCAUUGUUUCUUCUGUAAACUUAAAAAACAAACCCACUUUUAAUUUUGUGUGCAUUUUAAUUUAUUUGUUUGUGUGUGCAUUGCUCUGUACAGUAUGACUGCGUGUGCAUGUGUGCUAAAUGCGACCAUUGGCUGAAGUGGACUGUUAACGGUGUUUAAGCGAGGGUGCUAACUGAGUUCCCCUGCUUAAAAAGCUUCCCUCACUUUCCUCCAGUAUACUGUAUUUUGUGAGUUUAUGUAAGUAAAAUGGCGGUAAAUCCACAUGUUGUCUUUAAAUGUUAUGGCUGUCACCUGUGAAGCAUUGCUACAUAUUGUAAUUAUUCUUAUUUGUAUCACUUUUGUUCAGAAAAGGCGUGUGCAAAAAAGCAUGUACAGAAAUGGCGUAUUGAAUGUCUUGAUUGUGAAACUACAGAAAUUAAUUUUUGUAAAAUUGAGGUCGAACAUGCGGAUGUUGUGGAGUAGGUUUAGUAGAGUAUUGUUAUAAUAAUUGAAGCUGUGUCUUUAUGUAGAUACACUUUAUUUUACUUGGACAAUUUCUACUAAGAUGUUGAACCAUUGUACAAACAGAUUACUUUGAAUAUGAGGUUCACCACUAAAGAUGUAUAAUUUCCCACAGCUGUUAAUGGUACAAUACCCAAGAAAUGUGCAAGAUGUAGGGCAAAGGGUCUCGAGAAACAAUUGUGCCAGAACAUGCAGCAUUAGCCUUCACACACACACGCAUUCCCUUUCUCCUGUGGGAAAACAAUCGGCUCUCAUGGGAACAACACUCUGGUAAUGGCUGUGUCAAGUUGCAGUGCAAUGUUGGGUAGGAUUAGAGAUUAAAUAGAGAAAAUAGUCAUGAUAGGGAACAAUUAUGAGUGAGUGCGUACUACCAAUUAUCAGUGAUACUGAGUAGAUAACAUGAACACCAUCUGCAGAUAGGGUUUUUCAGGUUUGAAAGUAUAAAUAUAAUUAUCCAUUAUUGUGUUUUCAGAGUCCUUAUAUUAUGCUCUGUUAUUUAUUUUAAUUUUAGGCCCUUUAAAGGUUUGAGGAUUGCUGCUGCUUCUUAAUCUUCCUCUUCUGGCAUCGUAUCGGUUUGCAAACAGCUUUAGGUGCAGUUCCACUCAGGCUACCCAGAUGUACAUCUGUCUGAGGAACAAGCACACUCCUUAAGUUGCCUAUGAAAUCCCAUUUGAGGUGCACAUUUGUAUCAAGAACAUGUUGUUCUCUCAGAAAAAUAUCUUAUUUAAUUACCAACACAAUGAUUUAAACCAACUGAACGCUGGUUGGUUAUUGCAUCUUAGACCAUUACCCUGAACUGGGUCCACAGUCUCACUCUUAUAGUGCACUUUAACACACACAUUCCCACAAAACCGUAUUUUCUUAUCUUAUUUUUAAAUCAGUAUUGGAAAAAAAAAUUCUUUGUGUUUUUGUAAGGCUCUAAAUAGGCCACAGAUUACCCCCACUAAAGUCUGACUCAUGACCCAGCUGUUCUGUGUAACAGAUUAUUAUCACAUUAAGACAAACUGACCACUGUAACAAAAUCCUGUUCUGGAAAUAUUCAAAAGAUGCAGAAAUGUCCCUCUGCAUGUGUUUUUCCUCCACACUGGUAAUGCUCACAGUCAACAAUGGGGCUUUUGUAAAUUUCAGAUUGAGAAAGUUAAGCCAUUACUCUGUUAGAUGAUAAACCAUGUCAUGUUUCAUGCAUCAGGAGUGUUGAAUUUGUAAGGUUUUUGUCAAAUGUACUGUAUGCUUUUUAUAGUUGGAGAAUGUUUGGGUAAUGCAAAGGUUAUAUGUUGCUGUCUCUGUGAAAAAAAUGUCUAAUUACAUGAUCCUUUGUAGGUGACAAGCCUAUAUGAAAUUAUAAGAUGUACAUAUUGUGUAUCUGUACUGAGAAAAUAAAUGUAAUGUUAU